AUGAAUGGUGUGCAAAGUGUGAAAUCUGAUGGUGGUCCCCCGCUGCAGCUGUUCAACUGCGCCCACGCUGACUGUGGAGCGACCUUCACCAGGCAGUGGAGGCUGAAAGAGCAUGAGACGGUGCACACCGGAGCGCGUCCGUGUCAGUGCACAAUUGCGGGCUGUGGUCGUCGUUUCUCAAGAAAAUCUCACCUGCGCGGCCACAUGCUUCAGCACAGAGGAGUGAAGCAGUUCCAAUGCAAAUUUGCGACCUGCACGAAGAGUUUCUUCAACAGGGGCAAACUGAGAAGACAUGUGCUCUACGCCCACGGAGAUAAAAAUAAGUACUUCAAGUGUAACCAGCCAAAGUGCUCCUUGACCUUCAAAAAACGCAGAAUGUAUAAGCUGCACUUACAGAAGCAUCAAGUGGCUGCUAAAUUCAAGUGUUCAAAGCACGGAUGCACUGCAACGUUCGACUCCCAUAUCGCCCGCAAAGCCCAUGAGAACAAACACGCCGGUUACCGCUGUCCUCAUGAUGACUGCCAGGUAGUUGAACACACCUGGGGGAAACUUAAGAAGCACAUGGCUAAACACUCAGCCACAUUUGCAUGCCAAGUGUGCAAGAAGGUGUUUAAAAAAGCAGAUGCUCUGCGGCGCCACAAACGGAUUCACGCUUCCCAUAAACCUGUGCUGGUUUGUCCCAGGGAUGACUGCCAGGCUUACUUCUCUACAACCUUCAAUCUGCAGCACCAUAUCCGCAAGGUGCACCUUAAGCUCCUCAAAUACAAAUGCUCCUUCCCUGAGUGCCCACGCACAUUUGCUAUGCGGGAGAGUUUGACAAGACACCUGCUUCGCCAUGACCCGAGCGCCAGCAUUCUGAAGAAACGUCAGCGUCCCAAGAAAUCCUGGCAGAAACGUCUGGAUGGACACCACCUUCCCCUUGUGGAGGAAAACCUGCGAAACCUCUUUGCACUGCGCAUGCGGCUCUCCCGGCGUACCAAAGUGGAAACCAACCUCUCAGGCCUCUUCAACGAACGAAAGAUCCCUCAUUAUGUUGACCCAGAAGUCAACCUGCGCAACCUGUUUGGUAUCAAACGGCCACGUCCUUUAGAGGAAAAACCUGAGGUCACACCACUGAAAGAUUAA